UGGCCGGGUUUCCAAGGAGGAAACCCGCCAAGUAAUUGUCGUCAAAAUUUUCACAGACGGAAAUAAGCUUGGGCCUGCGGCUGCGGGAAGAGGUAUGUUCUGCUAUCAGUGCCCGCCAUCGUUGCAUCCAUGCGGACCGCAUCCGUCACGUUUGCCUACACUCGACUAUCCGUUUGCCGCAACGCAUCCUUAUGCAAGUUACUCCUACCAUCCUUCCAUACACGAUGAGACAUUUGUGCGACGCAAGCAGCGGCGUAAUCGCACCACAUUCACAUUGCAACAGUUGGAGGAGCUGGAGACUGCCUUUGCACAGACCCAUUAUCCGGAUGUGUUCACACGCGAGGACUUGGCGAUGAAAAUUAAUCUGACGGAAGCGCGCGUUCAGGUUUGGUUUCAGAAUCGGCGCGCAAAAUGGCGUAAGGCCGAACGCCUUAAGGAUGAGCAACGCAAGCGCGAGAAUGGCGAGAGUAGCGGCUCGCUGGACAAGCUUCAUGACAGCCGCGAAUCCUCGCCGGAUAUUACGCGGGAAAUUGACGAUGAUGAACCUUCUCUGCGCCGCUCCCACAGCCCUGGUCCGCCGUCGGCCAGCCCGCAUGCAUUGGACUCGGAUAAUGAACGCCCGCUUUCAUCCACGCAACUUACCACUCAAUCGGCUUCGCAGUCCGUUGGCUCGAUUAGCGCUGGUUCGCCUUCGCCUAGUGCGCGCGCCACACCACAACAUUGCCCCAAUAGUCCAACUUCGAAUUCGCGCCAUACCGACUCGCCGAUCGAAGUUGGCGGUCCGAUUUCGUUGACUUCGCGCACAUCGUCCGGCACUACUCCCACAUCGGCGCUGCAUAGCACACCAACAACAUUUAGUAGCCACAUUUUUGGAAAUUUUGGCAGUGAUAGCAAUUGCGGCUUUCGUCCUGUGCUCAAUGACAACUCUGGCAGCGUGGUCGCUUCUGGUGCUGGCGCACAGCGCACAACCACACAUCCACCACUCUUUCUGCCACCGCACUUGGCCUCGCUCAGCUCGCAGUUUACACAUCAACCACUCUUUCCCGGGCUAAAAGGCGUUUCCCCUUUUCCGGGGCUCUGCUCUUGCUGCUCGCUCAAACCACCACCACCACCGCCAAGCGCCUCUUCGGUAGCCGCCGCCGCCGCAGCCGCAGCUGCUGCCGCUGUCUCAUCAUCAUCCUCCUCCUCCAAUGUGCCCAUCACUUCUGCCGCUCCCUCAGCCAGCAGCUCGCCUGAUUCGCCGCCCAACUCUGCCUCGGCCAUUGGUCAGUCAACGCAUAACAAUCACGAUGCACGCUCUAGCUCUGUGGCUGAAUUGCGUCGCAAGGCGCAAGAACAUUCUGCCGCAUUGCUGCAAUCAUUGCAUGCCGCCGCUGCAGCCGGGCUCGCCUUUCCUGGCUUGCAUUUGCCACCGCUUUCGUUUCAUCAUCAUUCCGCCGCUGCGCUGAGCAAUGCACAUGCCGCUGCUGCCGCAGCUGCUGCGAACAACAAUAACAAUCACAAUAAUAACAAUAAUAAUGGCGUGCGACUGAAAAGUGAGUCGGCACAGGAUAUGACGGCAAGCACCAUGAAUGGCCUAUCGGCAGCGGCGGCUGCAGCAGCAGCUGCGGCGGCAGCAAGCAAUCACCACAGCAUCGCCAGUUUGACGCUGCUCGACGCGCAAAAUGCUGCCUAUCAUCAUCAUCAGCAGCAACAACAACAACAGCAACAACAUCAGCAACACCAACAGCAGCAGCAAAUGACGCAGGCGGCGCUGCAUCUUCAGCAACAAAACCAGCUCUCGCCACCAAUAACGCCAACUCACACACCCACCAUCCACCGCCAGGAGACGCCACCUAAAUGCGCGAAUGGUGGCGGUGCAGCUGCGAUUGCUGGUGGUAUCACCACGAAAAGUGAAUAAUUGUAAGAGGAAUUAACGGCAAAUAGUCAGUGGUUCGAAAAUCAACAUUAACAAAAAAUUUGCUCUCUUGCCUCCAUUAGAAAGCUGCGAACGUAGUGGGGUGAUGAACUCUCAAAUAAUUGUAAAAUUUGUGGGCUGAUCUGCGUGAUAUGUCGGUGUAUAAAGUUUGAUUUUUAUUCGUAAUUAAAGUAGUAUUAAAUAUUUAGUAA